AUGUCUAGUGCAGCACCUCCAGCGGGCCAGGUUCAGGUUCAAACCUCCACUCAGAAAUCACCCGCUGCAAUCAAUGUGGCAAAUUACUUGUUCCAAAAUCCCGUAUUGAAGCAACGAAUCGGAUUGUUGGACAAUAAGAAUGAUCUUGAGUUUUUCAAAUACAAGCGAUUCGAAAGGGCCCUUUUAAGUGAUGACUACAAGACUAAACAACAGAAUCCAAGAAAUGGUUUACCACCAGUUACGAAUGAGGUGGAUGUACAAAAGGUGUUUGUUAUGUUGAUUCAAAAUCAAAUGAUACUACCAUUGAAGAAAUUACAUUAUGCAGAAGUCAAAGCUGUUAAGGGAUGGAAACCUAACCGCGAUAAGCCCACAUUGAAGAGAUCGGAAAAGGCUGUUGUUGAAGCAAAUUAUUAUUAUGGAUGGUUGUACACUAAACCUAACCCAUAUAUAUUAUUGUACAGUAUAUUGGCAGUCGCUGGUAUUUUCGCCGUCAUAUUGUUUCCCUUAUGGCCCAACUUUAUGAGAAGAGGAGUGUGGUACUUAUCAAUGGCGGCCUUGGGAUUGAUAGGGUUAUUAUUUGCUACCGCCAUUGUGAGGUUUAUCAUAUACGUUAUUUCAUUAGUAGCGUUCCCCAAACCAUUUUGGUUGUUCCCAAAUUUGUUUGAAGAUUGUGGAUUCUUUGAAAGUUUUGUACCGCUAUAUGGAUGGGAGGAACCUAAGAAGAAGAAGAAGUCCAAAAGGUCAAAGAAUUCAAAAUCAGCGACUACUGCUGCUGAAGGUGGCGAUAAGGUGGAGCCUAUCUUGACGAGUACUGAGAAAAAAAGCCACUGGUGUUGA